AUCCCGGGGCGGCCGAGGGCCGCGACUCGGAUCCGCGCGGCGACAUGGACCGGAUGGCCAGUUCCAUGAAGCAGGUGCCCAACCCCCUGCCCAAGGUGCUGAGUCGGCGCGGGGCGGGCGCGGGGAUGGAGGCGGCCGAGCGGGAGAGCUUCGAGCGGACUCAGACUGUCAGCAUCAAUAAGGCCAUUAAUACGCAGGAAGUGGCUGUAAAGGAAAAACACGCCAGAACGUGCAUCCUGGGCACCCACCAUGAGAAAGGGGCGCAGACCUUUUGGUCUGUUGUCAACCGGCUGCCCCUCUCUAGCAACGCUGUACUCUGCUGGAAGUUCUGCCACGUGUUCCACAAACUCCUCCGAGAUGGACACCCAAAUGUCCUGAAGGACUCUCUGAGAUACAAAAACGAACUGAGUGACAUGAGCAGGAUGUGGGGCCACCUGAGUGAAGGAUAUGGACAGCUUUGUAGCAUCUACCUCAAACUGCUGAGAACAAAGAUGGAGUACCACACCAAAAAUCCCAGGUUCCCAGGCAACCUUCAGAUGAGUGACCGGCAGCUGGAUGAGGCUGGAGAGAGUGAUGUUAACAACUUUUUCCAGCUAACAGUGGAGAUGUUCGACUACCUGGAGUGCGAACUUAACCUCUUCCAAACUGUGUUCAACUCCCUGGACAUGUCCCGCUCCGUGUCAGUGACGACAGCUGGGCAGUGCCGCCUCGCCCCGCUGAUCCAGGUCAUAUUGGACUGCAGCCACCUCUAUGAUUACACCGUCAAGCUGCUCUUCAAACUCCACUCCUGCCUCCCAGCUGACACCCUGCAAGGCCACCGGGACCGCUUCCUGGAGCAGUUCACAAAGCUGAAAGAUCUGUUCUACCGCUCCAGCAACCUACAGUACUUCAAGCGACUCAUUCAGAUCCCUCAGCUGCCUGAGAACCCACCCAACUUCCUACGAGCCUCUGCCCUGUCAGAACACAUCAGCCCUGUGGUGGUGAUCCCAGCCGAGGCCUCAUCCCCUGACAACGAGCCAGUCUUAGAGAAGGAUGACCUCAUGGACAUGGAUGCCUCCCAGCAGAAUUUAUUUGACAACAAGUUUGAUGACAUCUUUGGCAGCUCAUUCAGCAGUGAUCCCUUCAAUUUCAACAGUCAAAAUGGUGUGAACAAGGAUGAGAAGGGUCACUUAAUUGAUCAGCUGUACAGAGAAGUCAGCGGGCUGAAAGCCCAGCUGGAGAGCUUCAAGACUGAGAGCCAGCGGGCCGUGCUGCAGCUGAAGGGCCGCAUCAGCGAGCUGGAGGCCGAGCUGGCCGAGCAGCAGCACCUGCGGCAGCAGGCGGCCGACGACAGCGAGUUCCUCCGGGCGGAGCUGGACGAGCUCAAGAAGAAGCGAGAAGACACAGAGAAGGCUCAGCGGAGCCUGACAGAGAUCGAGAGGAAAGCCCAAGCCAACGAACAGCGGUACAGCAAACUAAAGGAAAAGUACAGUGAGCUGGUGCAGAACCACGCUGACCUGCUGCGGAAGAAUGCGGAGGUGACCAAACAGGUGUCUGUGGCCAGACAAGCCCAGGUGGAUCUGGAACGAGAGAAAAAAGAGCUAGAGGAUUCCUUCCAACGCCUGAGUGAGCAGGCCCAGCGAAAGACUCAAGAACAGACGGAAGUACUAGAGAACUUGAAGCAAGAACUUGCCACCAGCAAACAGGAACUCCAGAUUGUCCAGGGCAGCCUGGAGACCUCCGCCCAGUCACAAGACAAAUGGGCAACCCAGAUCGCCGAACUAGAGAAGGAGCGGGGUAGCUUGGUGAACACCAUGGCUUCUCGAGAGGAGGAAUUGUCUGCUCUUCAGAAACAGCUGGAAGACGCCCAGCUCAGACUGUCCAGCGCACAGGAAUCUAUGGGUCAGCUUGCAAAGAACCAACGAAAAAUGCUUCUGGUGGAGUCGAGGAAGGCUGCAGAGCAGAUGGUACAAGAGGCCCUGAGGCAGCUUGAGGAGCCCGCUCUCAUCAGCUGCACCGGACCUGCAGAUCACCUUCUCUCCACCGUCAAGUCUGUUUCCAGCUGCAUUGAGCAACUGGAUAAAAGCUGCAGCCAGUAUCUGGCCUGCCCCGAAGACAUCGGUGGGCUUCUGCACUCGGUAACCCUUCUUGCCCACUUGACCAGUGACACCAUUGCUCACGGGAGCACCACCUGCCUUAGAGCUCCGCCAGAGCCUGCAGACUCACUGACUGAGGCCUGUAAGCAGUAUGGCAGGGAAACCCUCGUCUAUCUGGCUUCCCUGGGGGAAGAAGGAACCCUUGAGAAGGCCGACAGCACAGCCAUGAGGAGCUGCCUCAGCAAGAUUGCUGCCAUUGGCGAGGAGCUUCUGCCCAGAGGCCUGGAUAUCAAACAGGAGGAGCUGGGGGACCUGGUGGACAAAGAGAUGGCUGCCACUUCAGCUGCCAUUGAAACCGCUACGGCCAGAAUAGAGGAGAUGCUCAGCAAGUCCCGAGCAGGGGACACAGGAGUCAAAUUGGAGGUGAACGAAAGGAUUCUUGGUUCCUGUACCAGCCUAAUGCAAGCUAUUCAGGUCCUGAUUGUGGCCUCGAAGGACCUCCAGAGAGAGAUAGUGGAGAGUGGCCGGGGUACAGCAUCCCCUAAGGAGUUUUAUGCCAAGAAUUCUCGAUGGACAGAAGGACUCAUUUCAGCCUCUAAAGCUGUGGGCUGGGGAGCCACUGUCAUGGUGGAUGCAGCCGAUCUGGUGGUACAAGGCAGAGGGAAAUUCGAGGAGCUAAUGGUGUGUUCACAUGAAAUUGCUGCUAGCACAGCCCAGCUUGUGGCUGCAUCCAAGGUGAAAGCUGAUAAGGACAGCCCGAACCUGGCCCAGCUGCAGCAGGCCUCCCGGGGCGUGAACCAGGCCACCGCCGCAGUUGUGGCCUCAACCAUUUCUGGCAAAUCACAGAUUGAGGAGACAGACAACAUGGACUUCUCAAGCAUGACGCUGACCCAGAUCAAACGCCAAGAGAUGGAUUCCCAGGUUAGGGUGCUGGAGCUAGAAAAUGAACUGCAGAAGGAGCGCCAAAAACUGGGAGAGCUUCGAAAAAAGCACUAUGAGCUUGCUGGUGUUGCUGAGGGCUGGGAAGAAGGAACAGAAGCAUCUCCACCUACACUGCAAGAAGUGGUAACCGAAAAAGAUUAGAGCCACACCGACGCCCCACACAUCAGAGUGUAAAUCCUCGUUGCCCAUCUCUGUGUUUGUUAUUCCCCCAGCCACCAGCUAAACCCUGGGGGUCCCAGUGGCAGCCACACCAUUCUCAUUGUCCAGUGCCGAGGACCUGCAUGGCCUUGCAAAGACUCCCUCCACAGUGACACCUUUUGUGUUAGAACCCAUGAUCUGUGCUCUCUCACCACCUCCCUAGUGUCCAGGCUGGCCCAGGUCCAGAGAGGAGGGGGAGCAGGGCCACCCCACAGAGAGGACCUUCCUCCCAGUCCUGUUUUACCCCCAACAAUCAGUGUCUGCGUCAGACUGGCUUAUUGUUCUUGUGGAGAGCCCAGAGAGGGAAGAUCUUAUGCAUUUUCUUUUCUAUUUUCUUCUCAGUCUUUUCAGUUUCAUCAUUUGCACAAACUUGUGAGCGUCAGAGGGCUGGUGGAUUCCAAACCAGGACACUACCCUGAAUCUGUGCGCAGAGUCAGAAGAACAGGAGUGUUCUGGCUAAGAAUGUCAAGGCAGUUCUCCCCUACUUUUGGCAAUUCCAUGGAUUCCCACUGCUUCUUAUGGUGGUUGGUUGAGGUUUUU